AUGGAAGCAAGGGUUUUGUACUCCCCCUUUGAUGAUGCAGUCAUCACCGUUGGAUGUAGGGUGACCGCAUUGGAUGCUUUCAGGACAUCUAAGCCUAGAAGCGGUGCCAAUUCGUUAGAAUCGACCGCAAUGAAGUCAGCCAAAGGCUUUGGCACUUGUACAACAUGUGGUGUGGCCCAAGGAAAGGCUGAGAACACAGGGGUGAACCAGUUUUGCAUUUCCAGUAUUAGUAACGUGUUGGAAAGAGGGAGUGAUAAGCGAGCGAACGGCGCCGAAUUUGAGACAGAGGGUGCUGGUGAAGCCGUUGACGUAGGCAACGAUGAACUUGGUGCGGAUGAACCACGACGGCCUUCCUUCAACUUUGCACCACACGUCCCCAACCUCUUCAACACCAUCUUGUCUGCUCGUCUGGGGGGCCAUCGUACCGCGAGAUUUGAGCCCUGGAAAAAGAAACUUCGUAGAUGGAGAGGAGGGCAACGAGAGAAACGGGGUGCUGACGAACAUACGAAAAAUACCUCUUUGAAGGCUUACAUGGCACCUAGACUUUGGCACGUCGCUGACUGCGACAUGGCACCUCGCCGCUCCCUCGUGUUCCACCUUUAUGUCUCAUUCGCCGUCAUCAUACCUCAUCAUUCACCAUUGCCAUUCGCUGUCGUCGUGCAUCGUCGUUCGCUGUCGUCGUGCAGUGUCGCAUACGUAGGACUUGGGAAGUUCCGCCUUAACGUUCGAUUCACGUCAAGUGCGACAAAGGUGGCGAGUUUUGGCUUGAAUGCAGAACUUCCCCAACCUUCAAUCUCACGUCGCACGUUCAUCUCGGCCGGUACUACAACUUCACUGGUCAUCUUAAGCAGUGCGGACGAAAGGAAAGGAAUCACGUCAAGUGCGAUGAAGGUGGCGAAUUUUGGCUUGAAUGCAGAACACGAAACACACGUCUUUACAGGAACACGUAGGACUUCACGACGCGAAUGCGUAAUCACGUUCACAUUGACGGCGAUGUUUUAG